AGAGCACAUGACUGUUUAAUGAUUCUGUCUAUGUUCGUUAAAACCUCUAAAUCUAACGUGAUGAAUAAUGAUUAGCAAACCGCUCAUUAGGAAAAUAGAAACUUUGUACAAUAGAAAGAGAACAUUCUCCUUCGGUUAAACACGGAUAACGGGAUAAGAUCAAAAUCUCGACAAAAUAUUGUCUAUUCGAAUAUCUCAUUGAAGUUAUUGGGGAUUCUGUGAAAUAUAAAGUUUAAUAAAGGUAGACAUAUACUUUAUGACGGAGAUGUUCUUUGGUCUUAUCGCUGUUAUGUUUGCUUUCUCUUGGUUUUGCAAAAAAAUCAUAAAUAAGUUCAAUGAAGAAGAAAAAAUGACAAUGCUGUUAAAUGACGAUGAAAAACGAUGGUGUGUUUAUGGAAUCGUACUUAAUCAUGUUUUGAUCCCAGCUGUUCGACCUUACCUGGAAAAUAAUAUUUUAAAUGAGUAUGAUAAAUUAAAGAAAUCUCAUAAGAUUCAUGUUCAAACAGCUCACAAAUUUCCUUCACCAAAAUAUUCCCACGACCUACAUUAUAAAAAUAUCAACAAUAAUGAAACAAAGGAUAAGAAGAAAUUUAACUAUGAAGUUAAGUCACAUGUCGACUUUGGAAAACUUUUCCUUCAAAAUCACAUGGCAAAGUUUAACUGUUACAACAAUUGUGACGCAUCAGCAGUCCUUAAUUUACUAGAAAGGAUCCCAAUUUUUCCCAACCUGAUUCAGAAUGCGGCAAAAAUCGUUAGAGAAAAUAGAAAUUCUUGGGGUCACUGCAAUUUUGAGGAAUGGAACAAAACAGAUUUUCAAACGAAAAUCGACAAUAUGAAGAAACUUGUAAAAAAAUUGUGUUUAGCAACUGAAGAUGAAGUUUUGAAUGAUAUAAAUCAUUGGAAAGAUCAAGCUUUGACAUUGUGGAAAAGCGAUCGUACUUUAUGUGAAGAGUUAAAAGAUCACAUUAACAGACUUUUAAAAGAAGUUGAAGAAACGAAAUUUGAAAACAAAGAGUACAAAAUGUUAACGCGAGAGACGCUUGACAAAUUUGCGAAUUGCAUUAAAGAAAUAGAUCAGUUGAAAAGACGUGUUGAGAAAGUUGAAGACAAAGUUGAGAAAGUUGAAGACAAAGUUGAGAAAGUUGAAGAAAAAGUUGAGAAAGUUGAAGACAAAGUUGAGAAAGUUGAAGACAAAGUUGAGAAAGUUGAAGACAAAGUUGAGAAAGUUGAAGACAAAGUUGAGAAAGUUGAAGACAAAGUUGAGAAAGUUGAAGACAAAGUUGAGAAAGUUGAAGACAAAGUUGAGAAAGUUGAAGACAAAGUUGAGAAAGUUGAACACAAAGUUGAGAAAGUUGAAGGCAAUAUUGAGAAAGUUGAAGACAAAGUAGAGAAAGUUAAAGACACAGUUAAUCAACUUCAUCAAAGCAAAAUUAAUGAUUUCGCCAUUUGUGACCGCGAUAUCAAAUUACACUACCGAAAAUUCAAUCAAAAAACAAGAAAAUGGUUGAUCAACGAUUUCUCUGCUUGGUUCGAUGAACCUGGAGAAUCAAGAGCUUUUGUAUUUAUGGGAGAUGCUGGAAUUGGUAAAACAGUUAUGUCAGCUGCUAUCGCUCAACGCGCUAAGGAUGAUGGGAAGUUAGGAGCAGCAUUCUUUUGUAGACAUUAUGAUGGUACACGUCGUGAUCCAAAAUCUCUCCUGGCCAGUGUUGCUUAUCAGUUAGGUAAACAUUUUCCUGAUUAUUUAAAAUUAUUGGGAGGGGUGUCUGGAAUACAAAAACGACUAAACGAUACAACACUAGGCGUUCAAGAAAUUUUUACUAAGUUUUUCGAAGAACCACUAAGUAAUCUUAAGACUUUUUCAAAAACUCUCAUUGUGAUCGAUGCUUUAGAUGAGGCAGAUUAUGAUUCGAAAAAUGAAUUUUUUGAUGUGGUAACUUCUCGUUUUCCCCAACUUCCACAAUGGCUACUUUUCUUUAUAACAACACGUCCAGAAAAUUACACGCAAUUUACUUUGAAAAAUUACAAUCCAUGUGUAAAGAUUUGUUCAGGAAUUGCGAAUAAUGCUAAGGCUUAUGAAAAACAUGAACAAGAUAUUCAAACUUUUUUUGAAAAUCAAGUCGACUUCACUGGUAAAUCAUUUUCUGCAAAAGAAAUUACAAAAAAAUGUAAAGGAAUGUUUUUGUUUGCACAUUAUCUUGUCAAAACUCUCAAAGAUUCAUCUGAAACGGAUCUUGAAAAAUGCCCAAAAGAUAUUGAUGAUUACUUUCUUAAAAAUUUUAAACGUAUUUAUGAGAAAGUUGGAGAAGAUUUCUAUAAAAAAUUGUUAGGUUGUGCAGUGGUUGCUCCUUCACCUCUUCCUAGUUCGUUUAUUCCUUUUCUUUUAAAGAAAAGAAAUUUAAAUCUUGACGAACAAGAAGUAAUUGAUGCUAUUUCACUGUUUUUUUCUUGUGAUGAAGAAAAAUUCACGUUUCUUCACAAUCUUAUACCUGACUGGCUCUCUGAUAAAAAGCGCGCUUCGCGAAAGUUCGUAAUAGAUAAAACAGAAGCACAAAUUUUCUUUAAGGAAAUUGUCAUCGAACUUUUGACAUCAUUCCUGGAGAAUGGACUACCAUUCAAUGACUCAGAUGAAAAUUCCGUUGUCUGUUACAUCCUCACAAUUGAGUUUCGUUAUCUAUUUGAUCUUUCAACUAAAAACUCUGAAUUGUCGAGAAUAUUUUUUCAGUGUUUUACUAACUGUGAGUUUCUCAAACAACGAAUACAAAGCAGUACAUCAGGUAUUUUUUCCAUUUUAAAUGACAUUCACUUUGCAAUUGGAAAUAUUGAGUUAAAAGAAGAUGAAAAACAAACUGUUAAGGAACUACUGUCUAUUCUUGAAAAUGACAGUUUUUAUUUGGUAGAUAACCCUGAUCUUUUGGACUCCUGUCUUUCAAGGUUAUCCUCGAAGGUCAGAGAAGCAUUUAUAUCAAAGCAUUCAAACCAAUGUAGAUUGCCGAAUAUUAUUUUAAAUGACGACAUUAAUAGUUUAAAAAUUAAGUGUGACGUCUAUGCUUAUUCAACAGACAGAACUUUGUUGGCAGGAGGAAAAGGAAACGUUCUUUAUCUGUUUGAAACAUCUUUUUUUCAACAAAAAUUUGAUCCCUUUCAGUUAAACGUGGACAAGAUUCAUUGCUUAGCAUUCUCUCCUGACGACAAAUGGAUAUUUUUUGGGACAUUAAGAUUCUGGUUUUCCGUAGACGAGAGAAUGACAGUUGAGAAAACUCAAUUUCCACAAACUGAUACAUUUUAUAACUGGGCUUCUUUUGUUGAACAUGAACAUGUAAAUUACAUAGCGGUAAGAGCGGAAAAUGUUGAAUGUCGACGUGAUGAUGAAUGUAUAUUUUCCGUCACUCCUGAGAAAUAUCCCACUUCUUCCAAACACCAAAUCUGGAAUGUCAAAACAGGGGAUCAUGUGUUCAAGCUCAUGUGUGAAAGUGAUCUUAAUAAUCAAUGGAAACUGAAUUCUUUUUUCUACAUAUGGCAUUUUUUUCCAUAUACUCUUUAUGAAACAAUCUUCCAUGAAGUCUUCAUACAUGAAUUAUCUCCAAACGAAUUUCUCCAAUAUUUCUUGGUAAAUCAAUUUACAUUUGAUAAAUCUAAUGUAAAAAUCUGCGACCAUGGGAUUUACUUUAUGAAUGAUUAUCAGAAAAAACGGCUCAUCAAGGGAAAUAUGGUUUUGCCAUCUAAUUUGAAUCAUCGUUUUGGGCUUCUCGAAGAUAGAGUAUCGAUUGUCAAGGAAGACUCCGUUUUCAUUCACAACAUGCCAAUAUCUUUACAUAAUCUGAUUUGGGGCGAUGUAGUUUGUUUGUCUAGUGACAAAAAUUGGUUGCUUCUUAAACAUAAAUAUCAAUUUCAUUUGUACAAAUUUGAUCAUUUUCUAGAUCAUGACGAGGUUCACUUUAAGGACGAUACUGUUGAGACUAGCCAUGAUAGCGUCAAGUUCCAUGGUGUUAUGGAAGGAAACUCAGAUAUAUUUGGUUUCACGCAUAAUAACAACGCUAUCAUUUACAAAAAUAGAAAAAAUCUUUUUGCUUGGUUUUUGGAUAGCAACAAGCAUUUUGAAAGUGUUUCCAGAUUUUUCCCUUUGCUUUGUAUGGAUGAGAAGUUUGUAUUUCGAUCGAAUGGCGAAGAAAAAACGAUUUCUUUACGAGACCUUCCUGCAGAUUUUUUAAACUCAAACUUUCAUAAAGACAACGUAGCCUUCCAAGUUAGACACAUUUGAUGCAAAUAAAUUCACAUUCUCUUAUGAUAGACGGUAUUUUGUAAAAUGUUCUAAUUCUGAACUUAAAAUUUUUUCCGCCGAUUCCUUUUUCUCCACUUCUGAAAUAGUUCAUAAACUGAAGAAUGGUGAAUCAGAUUUCCAUUUUGUGUUGUUUUCUCCAGACUCGUCCUUGAUUCUAUUUUGCACCAAUAACAAGGAUUCUCGUCGUCAAACCAUUUACGUCUGGUUUGUGAAAGACAAAGUUUUAAAGCUUUUCCUUCCUAAAAAUAAUUGGAUAGAAGUAGACACUUGUUGUUCUUCGAUGAAUAACCGCAAAAUCAUCUUGUGUAAAGGAACAUCAAUUUGGAUAUACGACUGUGAUGGAAAUAUAGCCACUGAACCAACCACGCGUUCAUUUCAAUUAGGUAAUAAACAGGAGAAGUGUAACCAUUGUAUUCUAUCGUCUGACGACAAAAUGUUAGCUUGCUGUGUAGAAAAUAGAAUAAUUUUUUAUGAGUUGCUAAGUGCUCCUGAAAAAGCAUCUCAAUUUGAGCAUUCAUGCAUGGUUAAGUGUUGCUAUUUUAUGGGAAGAAACAAAUAUGUUUUGUUUCAAGAUAUUGUAGGUUACAUGUUCAUGUUUGAUCUGAUUCAAUGGAAACUUGUAACACACUUUAAAGCUGAAGCUUCAGUUAAAAUUUUUAAACUUACUGAUUGCGAAAUAACUUGUAUUCAACCAAAUGGUAAAAUCAAUUUUCUCGUUAUUGACGGUUUAAAGGAUUGGUCAGGCAAGGAUUACAAUCUACCUUAUAAUUUGUAUGUGAGCGACUUCGCACCUUUUACAAACAGUGAUGAUGACGAUUAUUGCAUUGAUAGUGAAUUUUGGCAAUUUGAAAGUAAUGAAAGUGAUGAUGACGAUUAUGGCGAUUAUAGUGAAUCUUCGCAAUGUGAAAGUAGUGAAAGUGACGAUGAAAUGGUUUAACAAUGUAGCUUAUAACUUAUGUGUUUUGUUAAUUUCACUAAUAGUGAUAAUGAAGUCGACAGUACCACCGACAGUGUGAAAUGUCAACUGAAAUUAUUUUGAAGGUCCAGGGCUGCAUCGUUGAGAUGUUACAAGAAAUGAAAACUUUUGUCAUAAAAACUCAUUUCAUUUAUUUUUUAUGUAUAAUGACUAUAAUCUACGCCUCCAUCAAAGCAUCGAAUUUUUUCUAAACAAAAUAGAAAAGGAAAAAUUUGCUAAACGAAUUUUCAUAAUCGUAUAUUUACCAACCACUAUAAAUGAGGGUUAUUGAGAAAGCCAGCUUCUUUACCGGGGGGUGGCACAGUCAUACAAACGAAAUUAAUAUUUUGCGGUCAGAAGAAAAUGUAGAUAAAUUAUAUCAACUUAUUUGCUGACAUAUUCAAAUUUCAAAACAUACCUUCACAUUUUUAUGAACGUAUAUUUUAGAAUUAAGAUUUUUCUGCUGGUUAAGUCCGCAAAUGUUUGCAGUAUAUUGUAUUGUGAAAAUAUGCCCCCCUCCAUACUCCGCGCCUAAAUCAUCAACCUGAAACAUGCAAAGUUGUUGAUAACUUGAUCAUCUAAGGCCGGUUGCAGGAACCUUGGAUAGCGUUAUCCAUUGGAUAGAAAAAAUUUUCAAACUUGUAAAAAAGGUGUUUAUACUUUUUUACGACAAAGAAAUUCCGUAAUCUUAAAAACAAUGUUUUAUUUCAGUGAUUGCUUAUUAGGAAUCUUAUAAUUAUUGCUUUUUGAAAACGUUUUAUAAGAGUUAAAAAAAUUGCUAUCCAAUGGACAACGCUAUCAAGGCUUCGUGCAACCGGCCCCUGUUCCCAAGUUUCUUAAAUUUUCUGCCUUUUUCAAUAACUUUAAAAAACAUUUGCUUAAGAACGUCAUCUUAAAAUCAAACUUUUUGUGAAGAUAACACAGCUGUGUUGUGUAAUAGUUGAGAAUUCUUGAUCUUAGAGAUUGGGGAAAGUUAAUAAUUUAGAGAUAGAAAUGUUAUAUGUUGUGUAAACAUGUAAAUUUGUGGCUCUAUUUCAGAAAAACAUAAUGAAAAAACUACCUUUUUUACACUUUUUAACAAUUUAUAGCAAUGUUUAGAAAAUCGUUUUGAGACAAUUAUUGAUGUUAAUGAGUCAUUUCGUUCUGAGACCCGUGGACAUUAAGUGAAAAAAAUAAUCUUAUUUAAAUCAAAUAUCACCCACUACGACUUAACCCACCCGUCGUAUUGAAAAAAGUCAUCUUAACGACAAUCUUCAACAUCAAAUUAAUUAGUGAACAUUGCUAUAAAUCUAAUUAUUUACUUGUCGAUAUAAUUCUAGAUAUUUGUAGUAUAAAUAAACAAUACUAUAAGAACCAUGUUUAUAUGAAAGGUGAGACAGGACUUGACAAGUCUUUGUCACUUACCAAACAACAGUAGGGAUCCUACCAAAGACGAAAUGUUUUUCGACACGUAAAUCAUUCUUCAUUUCCGACAAAAAAAUAUGAAAAGCUGAUAUGACAUCACAGACUUGUCUUUAAACAGAAAAUUAUCAAAUGUUGCUACCCUACCCCCACAAAAAUAAAUAAAACGUUUCGUUUAAACAAGCCUCAGGUUUCGUCUCUCCAUUAAUAAACAGACCUUAAUUUAGAAAUUGUAGAUGUCAGUUAAGAUAAAAAAUGUUGUUGUAAGUAAAAGUAAUCCAAACAUUAACUGGUCAUAAAUUACAUUAUUUUUUAUGAAGUUUGCAUAAAGUUCAGCUAAAUGACUGGAACUUUUUAUAAGAACAAGUGUUUAGCCAUGUAAUAAUCUUUUAGCAUUUUGUAGACAAUUUAUUUAGUGGAUUGAGAAGGAUAUUAAAUAAAAUAUCAACCUCAAA